AAUCGUUAUUAGUGGGAGAGAGGAUCACAAAUUGAAGAUGAGUCUUCGUAAUCCGUUUUUGGAUGAAGCCAAUUUGGACAAAUAUGCUAUUUUGAGAUGGACAGGAUCUGACUAUAUCAUCAACACUCGUUUACCGAAAGGGGGUAUGUAUGCUAUGAAGUUGUAUGCCAAAAACUUAACGUCGAAGAAGGGGGAACAUUCAAACGUGCUGAAUUAUCUCAUCAAGUGCUAUGGUAAGGGUUUGAAGAACGACCCAUUCCCAAACAUCAACACAGGGAACAUAGGAGCUAAUCCGGCGUGCAAAGAUUUGGGCGUUACAUGCAAUGGAUGCGAAGAUGGAAUGAUAUUCGCAAAAGAUGGAUUUGCUCAGGUUGAGUUUGAAAGCAAGGGCGACGUGAAUUUAUCAUGUGAGUUACAUACAAAUGUGACAACGCAGGCCGAUAGAAUGCGAGUGACACAGAAAAACGGAAACAACAAAAACUGGUUCUACUUGGAUUUACCAGCGGAAGGAGAAUAUUCUAUGAAUGUAUAUGCACACAAAAAAGGACACGAUUUCACGGAUUUGCAUAACUCUCACGCAUUUUUGGUCCAAUCAACUGGUAGACCGAUACAGGAAGGCACUGUUGGAAGAGUGAAAAACAGCAAUUUUUGGAAAGAUGCAUCACCAAUAAUAGCCGAAACUAUUUAUACUAAGCAAGCAGAGAUAUCAGUACCUGUUCCUUCAGGCGUAGAAAACAUAUUAGCAUUUCUCGAACAGAAAGAAAAGGAUGGCGCUCCAAGUAGAAAGAACGUCGAAAUGGCAACAGAGCUUGGGGUGACAAUGUUUAAGGUCAAAUUACCCAAACACGGAGAAUACACUCUGCAUAUCUAUGAACAGGCUGAGAAAGUGUAUCUCAAGAGCAUCGGUAGGUACUACAUAUUCCGAUCAAAUUCUGUCGACGUAGUUGAGGACGACCUGAUCACUAUAAUGGAUGCCAUCAGGGAGGAGCGACUGAGGGUCGGUCAGGAUGUAUCCGCCAUUGAUGCUACAAACAGAGCACUACGAGCCAGAAAGAAAAAGAAUGUCCCCGUUGACGAGAAGAUUGCCCGUGCUCAGAGGUUGUUUAUGUCGCUCGAGUCCAAUGAUCCUGCCGUUAUAAGGAAAGCCCUGGAGGAAAUGCUACUUACCCAGCCAGAGCCGGCAAAUACAUUAGUAAAAAAGGCAAAGAAACUCCUUAGAUAUAAGGAGGCCAAAAUAGAACUCAAUCACGCAUACAAGACGAGAAAUCUCCCACAACUGGAAAAGGCUAUUGUUAAGGCGAAAUCAGCAAAUACGGACAAGUCUUUGGACAUGCCGCUGUUGCUAGCGAGGCGUCUAAGGGACCGUCUCCGUGUACUUCAGCGCCUGAGUGAUGAUGUCCGCCAGGCAGACCACAAAACGGUGGGGGAACUGAAGACAUAUGACAACCCACCGACUGGUGUUCACGAUGCAAUGAGGGCGGCCCUUCUUCUGUUAGGACAUCCGCUGUCAGAGUCGGAGAAAUGGAUACAAUGUAAAACUAUCCUGCAUCAAGCUGAGAAUGAAAAUCUCGCACAAAUAAUGGCAAAUUUUGAGCCGAAAGAUGUAUCCAUAGCAACCGCUAGAGAAGCGAAAAAGAUUCUGGGACCCUAUACAGAAGCCAAAAUGAGAGAAAUAAGUCCGGGAGCAACUGGAGUGUAUAUUUGGGUGAAAUCCAUGAUAAAAGAAAUCGAGGCCUCAGUUGGAACUCUUAAAGAAAAGAAGGCCAAACCUAAGCGACCAGUUAUCAUACAGCCUAAACACACCAAACCAAUGAAAAAGUAUGUUACCAUUACUUUGGAUAUGCUGAAUAAACCACCACCACUCACUUCAGAAGGCUUAUUUGACCUAGGGGAAAGAACCUACAAGAAUGCAUAUAAAAGGAGAAAAUUAAAGGGUAUGGGAUUCCCUUUGGGACACCCUGCCAAUGGUAGAAACAGUGCAUUCACAGUCAUAUCGGACCCUCCUGAUAUCAAAACAUUCAAUAAGGCAGACAACGGGAAGAAAAAUAGUGUUUCUCUGGCGAAUGCAAAAGGCAAGAGGAAGACGAUGGCGCAAUCAUCUUCAGACAAACCCAAGCAAAAAGCAGGCGUGGAUAAAGAACACGGGGAGAGAAAUGGUCACGAUAGGAAUCGUUUACAGAAAAGUGAUGAUAGAGAUAUCAAUGAUCGAGAUAUAGAAAGGUCAUCAAAAGGUCAACCCUCGGAACCGGAAUCCCACGACUUCCAAAAGAUCAUGGUGAAAGAGUACCCCAGUACAGGUGCUCGAUACACGCCUGACUCGUCGGAACUAGAUCCGUUACAAAGCCACGUUUUGUAUAAUAACGUGUCAAACAAUAGUGUACCACACCCGAAUACAUUCAAGGGGGGGAAGGAGGCAAAGAAAACCAUGAAACGUCAGCUGAGGAAGUCGUACAGCGAGCCACGCGUCCCGGAACCAGGCCAUAUCGUAGAUCGCCACUCGUAUCUCGGAAUUCAUAAUCGGGAGAUGCAGAGCGAUAUCCCAAUCAAACCUAUGAAAGUCGAUCCCAAACUUGUUAACUUCAAAGGUCUCGAGGGAUAUGCCGGUAAAUACGAACUAAAAAAAUCGUAUUACGAAGCUGUGAAAGUCAGCGGAGAACAAAACAGCAUUACAAAGCAGUGAGAUCCAGGAAUACUCCUAUGGUUUUCAUAUGGGAAUGCCAUCAACAUUUAUGAUAGGUUGACAAUUUCACACGUUUCUGCCAGGGAAACAUUCAACAAUACAAAUUAUACAUUUGAUUUAUCCCCCGUAAUGGCAGAACCUUAUUCUCCACCCCGAACCAAUAAUUUUCAGGGUCGUUCGACAAUUUAAUCUGGAUGAUAUCCGAAAAUGAGAAUUGGGUUAUACCCAGUUUUGUUAUAUAGUUGUACAUUUUGUUACGGUGUUAAUAACAAUUGGACGAUGUCAUGAUUGAUAAACUGAAAAGAACAACUAAAAAUUCUGACCUUUGUAUUUUAUUGGUGCUUACAGCAUUAACUGCUGGUACAAUAGUGUAGACAAAAAGUGUAAAAAUGUACAGAUUAUAUUAAUUGAUUUGAUAAAAGAUUUAACGAUCUUUUUGAAAUACCGCAAUAACCCACUUAAAUUACUUUUUAAACAACUCUGUCUCAAAACAAUUCCAACAAAUAAGAGAAUCUUACGACAGCAUCUUCUCUCUUACAUUGAAAGGUGUGUUCCUGAUGCAUAAACAGUGUAACACAACAUACACAUAAAACCUUAUUCCACGUUUACGACAUUGAUCGUGUAGUAAAUCGGCACGUAAGACAAUCAUAGGCCUCAAAUGCCUCUCGUCAAUUGUUUGGCUAUAACAGUUACCCAAACUUCGCCCGAGAUUAUCAGAGUCCUCAUGUCUAAUUAACGCGUAGCGCCUCACUACAAACAAAAAUAUUUCUCUAAAUAACUAGCAAUGUUUCUUUGUUUCUUAUAAAUAAAUAAUCCACAUUAAUAUUACCUAAAGUUAUGUAAAGUACCUACACAAAUACGAUUUUCAGCAAUAAAGGUGUAUUUCG